AGGCCAAAAGGGUGCGGCUCGUUGCUAAGGGGACACUCAGGUGCUCCGCCGGUCUCCUGUGUCCAUAGCUGGCUCGCUUACGAUACCAAGAAAUAAAAGACACAUGGCUGUCCGAAACGGAAAAGACUAAACUAAAAAAGAUAAUAAUGAUAAUAGAAAGACCUCCUGGUUUCGUCGAGGACGUAGGAGGAAACACGGCCAGGACGGGCAAGCAGGAGGCAUUGCUCAUUACGGGGCAGGCAAAUGCGUGCAUACGCUUCCAUAGUUGGGCACUGCAGAGGCGAGUUUCCCAGCUCACACACACACCUUUAACUUUGUAAAGGGUUUGUGUGUGUGUUAAGGGCGUGAGCGAGGCUAGCUACCCCGUUUGCGUUAUCUGCGGAGCGAAGGUAUCCGAUAAGAGGGGACAGGAAGGCGGCGCCGGAUGCAGCGAGCUCGCUUGCAACCCGCAGCCCCAACUGCCACAGAGACACCGCCAACGCUCCAACAGCAACACCGCAACCGACGCCCGACCGCGACGAAGGCCUCCCUUUACAGCAACGACCGACUCAAAGCACACCUCUUCACUGAGCUGCCGACGGAGGAGACCUUCCUGCGGUGGAAUUCCUGGCGGCGAAGGGCGUCGACCUCAACGCCAGAAACUGCUAUGGGCGAGGUGGCAGCCGAGGUGGCAGCCGAGGGCGAGGUGGCAGCCGAGGGCGAGGUGGCAGCCGAGGGCGAGGCGGCAGCCGAGGCGGCAGCCGAGGGCGAGACGUGGAAUUCCUGGCGGCGAAGGGCGUCGACCUCAACGCCAGAACCAAGAAUGAAAGCACACCUCUUCACUGAGCUGCCGACGGAGGAGACCUUCCUGCGGUGGAAUUCCUGGCGGCGAAGGGCGUCGACCUCAACGCCAGAAACUGCUAUGGGAGAACAGGCGUGCAUUGGGCAAGUCGCCGUGGACAGCGGAGGAUGCUGGAAGCUCUCGCGGCGAGCGGGGCCGACGUGGACCCCGUCUGCAAUGCGGGCGACACGCCUCUCCACGACGCAGCUUCAAGUGGGAAGCUUCUGGCGGUGGGCGCCCUGAUUGGCCUCGGGGCGUCCACCAGCAAGACGAAUAAGGAUGGGAAGAC